ACGACGUUUGUUCCAUUUACCGAGACUUUCCAUUUUUAAAAAUAAUUAAUUUAAUUAACGCUUGACCUAUUAUAGUUACGAAAAGUGAGGAAAAAAAAGGAAACUACGGAUAAUUUCUUUUUUCUAAACUUUCCAUUUUUUCUGAAGAAGCAGAUGAUGUGACUAGUAUAAAUAUAUGAUGACUACCCCCAUGGAUUCAAUAAUCAUUCGAAACAAUCUCGAACACUUGUCCAAAAUAACACAGACUCUAUAAGAUUAUAUUUUCUGUUCAAUGGCAAUGACCGAUAAUAAUAAUCCCUUUUCUAUGUCGACCAUGUCUGAUGCUUUACAACACAUCCCUUUCUCUAAAGGAAUCUCCGGUUACAUUCCUCCUCCGGGAUACGCCCCACGCUCCUCCUCCGCCGUAGCAGACACUCGCUCAAACUCUCUGUUCAACGUUAUGACUAGCGGCCAAGGCUUGGCCCAGUUUAAAGAGAUCAUCUCAAAGUCUGACCGAAAAGAGCUUCAGCUGAUGGCGUCGUUGCUUACGUCAGACUCCGAUUACUUCAUGGAGGUUGUCAGAAACAUUAACGGGUCGAGACGCGUCCAGAAGCUCCUCGGGAUAUCAGACGACGUGGACGCUUUCUUCUACCCCGCUAUCUUGCGCCGGUUCUACCACAUUAUCACCGACAAGUACGCAUCCUACGUGGCGAUACGAGCUAUGCUCGUUUUCGACCAGAAGAAGCAGUAUGUAAUGUACGAGCACCUUCUCCACCACGCGCUCGACAUCGCGCGUAAUCAGUACGGCUGCAUUGCGCUCAACGAGAUCAUAACCGACGCUGAUGAUCCUUUCUACAGAAAUCUUCUACUAGACGUGGUAGCGCGCAACGCUCUCUACCUAAGUAAUGAUCCUUCAGGGAACUUUGUGGUCCAACACGUGCUUGCACUCUAUGACUUGCGUUGCACGCAUAACGUUGGUGUUAGUCUUCGUGGCCAUUGCGUUGAUCUGUCGUUUAAGAAGUAUGGAAGCUACAUCGUAGAGAAGCUUCUAGAUACUGAGGAAUCAAUGGCUGUGGUGGUUGUGGAGCUUUUGGAGUGUGAAGGAGGCAGGUUGACGAGGCUGGCGAGGAAUGAGUUUGGGAGUUUCGUGGUGGUCAAGGCAUUGAAAAUCACGCAGGGGAUGAAUAGGGUCGAUCUGUUUAGGGGUUUGGUGCAGAAGCUGAUGCCUUUUCGCCACCUUUUGGUUAGGUCUCACGGAAGCAACAUUGUAAACUUCUUGGAGUCGACUAUUUAAGUUACCUUGCUGGUCACAAUAGUCGUGUAUGUCUGUCUCAAACUAGUUACACAGUGCUGCAAAUUGUGCAAAUUUGAUGUGCUAAGUUCGAUUUUAUGGUAAUUGCUAAUAUCUUGUAAGAAAGGCUUCUUGAAGAAAAGUUAUCUGAAAACAUGAAUGUUCAAUUGUGUCUUUGUUUCAAACUAGCUGCAGUUGUCAAAUUGUUCGGAUUAUAAUGUGUUAGGCUCAUUCUCAAUUAUUGAGGUCUUCUAAGAUUGGCUCGUUGAAGAAGAGUUGCAAUUUGAGAAACAUGAAAUAUUCAUCGACAGUUUUCUUUAAAAUAUGAAAUUCCAUAACUAAAACCUAAACAUAAGUUCUAUCAUGUCUAAUUGAAAUUUUAAACAAAAAAUAACUAUAAACAUAGGUUCUAUCAUGUCUAAUUGAUCCACCAAUUUGAAAACAAAAAGUAUCAAGAGAGUAUUAAAUGACCUUAAGGUAGCUUAAAUAAAGAUAUCAGUCUUAAAAAAAACUUACACUACCAGGGAUGGCUUAGUGCAAAAACAAGGAAGGAAUCAGCGAGCAUCUCCAACUUUUCCACAUUCAUUUUAUACACUCCCACUUUUCCACAUCCAUUUUAUACACUCCAAACAGAUUAUCUUCAUCAGAUCUCGCACAUGCAGUAACAUCAAAACAUCUCCGGACGUCUGGUUCUUAACUUCCUACAUUAGCACGAGAGCCUAUCUUGAAAUUUUACAAUACAUAAACAAUUUAUUAAGAAUUUUAAUAAAUUAAAUUUUAAACAGUAUAAUAUAUGUCCAUAUAUAUAUAUUCAUAUAUUAAUUCAAACAUUUUUGGAUAUUCAAAACCAAUAUUUCAUUUAGCUAUGUCUAGGAUACGUCCUCAGCAAGACGCAUGCUAUGAUCAUCGCCAAGAGAAUAAUGUAAUGUGUGUAAAAAAAAAUGAAAAAAAAAAAGCGUGUGUGCGUUAAUUGUGAUGUCCGAUGGACAAGCCUAAAGGGAUAAUUAAUGGAUGGUUUAUGAUGUCUCUAGAUAAGCCCAAAUCAUCAAACUAAAGAUUCUGAUGCAACCAUAUUCUCUUCUCUCGUUCUAUUAGUUAGAUCUGGUUAUAACCGAUUUCUGCUCAUUGGAUGAUCUUUGCAAUGAGAAACGUUUGCUCAUGGAUCUCGAAUCCAUG